AUGGAUAGGCUUGAUCACUACACAAUUUUGGGCAUUUCGCGAUCUGCAAACAAGGAUAUGAUCCGCCAAGCGUACAAGGUGAAAGCGCUUGAGUUGCAUCCUGACAAAAAUCCGGGCGGUGAGGAUAUUUUCAAGCUAGUUUCGAAUGCGUAUCAGAUAUUAACUGACCCUUCCAAGCGAUCGGCUUACGAUAACGAGUUAUUGCGCCGUGAGUAUCGUUCUGGAACGUCAAUGCGCCCGCCUUUUUGUAAACCGUCACGGUCUCCCGGCGCAGCGAGCAGCAGUUCACCUCAUAAUGCAGGAUCCCCUCACAAGCCCCGCUUUCCUACCGAAGAGGAGCUAUUCAAGGAUAUUUAUGAGCAGUACAAAAAGAGUGCGUAUACGGCUCGUGGAAAUGCGCGUGGUUGUGGCUUCCGCACCUCUGGAAUCUCGGAAGAGGGGUCAUUUGCCGAGUGGUUUAAGAAAAAACAAGAGGAGCUUCGAUGUGCGGAGGAGAUUACUAAGGCUAAGGCAGAAUACGCCAAGAACUUAGAGCGCGAGGAACAGAAGCGCGCGGAGGAAUGGCGUGAGUUGCAGCGGCAACGCGAGAAAGAGCGAGAGGAGGAGCUGGCGAAUGCUCGUGCGAAACGAGUUGCGGAAGAGGAAGCCUUACGCCGAGCCAAGGCGGAUGAGCUCAACUCCCUGCGAGCAGCGGCCCAUCAACAGAGAAUGGAGGAAUUUGCGAGGGUUCAGAAAGCACAGCAAGUGGAGAUGGAGCGCCAUUUGCGUGAACUUGCUGAGCAGAAACAGCAGCUUGAGGAAGAGCGUCGUAAAAUGGCGGAUGAGCGUGAGAGAGCUGCGCAAGUGGUUGAAAAUCAUCGCAGCAAUCGGUUUGUUCUUCAAAAACAACGUGAGGAGGCGCUGUUGCGGGCUGUGCGCGAGGCGGAUGAAAAGCUGCGAGAGGCUCGUGAGCAAAAAACUUAUCACGAAGCGCAGCAAAAGCUUAAAGAACUAGAGCGGUUAAAUGAAGAAAAAUUGCGACGGGAAGAAGAAGAAAGGCAGCGGGAAGAGUACGCGAAAGAAGAAGCCAUGCGCAAGAAGUUCGAAGAACAAGACGAUUUAGCUCGUCGCCGUGCUUCGAACGAUCUUAAUGAGCAGCGUAAGCGUGUGAUUGGUCUUAUGAUGGAGGAGAGGCGACACCAGAUGGAAGAUGUCGCCGCGAUGCGUCGUGAAACGGAUCGAAUUGAAGCAGAGAUGCGCGCUAAGUUGGAUGCAUUGCGGGAAGCGAAAAAAGCUGGUAAACCUAUAAAUUUAGAUGAAUGGAAGUUGUGA